ACAAAUAUUCCUUUCUUACAAAAUGUUCUAUACAAUGACCAAUUCCUUCAUGGUACAGUGGACACCCAGUUUAUUGAUGAAAACCCUGACCUCUUCAACUUGAGGCCUGUACAGAACCGAGCACAAAAGCUGUUGCACUACCUUGGUCUUGUGAUGGUGAAUGGUCCAACUACACCCAUUCCUGUUAAGGCAAAGCCAUCUACUGUUGAUCCUGUUGUGCCCCCUGUGACAAUGAGUGAACCUCUUCCUGGAUUUAGGGAUAUCCUGCUUCGAGAAGGUCCAGAGGGGUUUGCCAAGGCUGUACGCAAGCACCGUGGACUUCUUCUAAUGGACACAACAUACAGAGAUGCCCACCAAUCUCUUCUUGCCACCCGAGUUCGUACUCAUGACCUAAAAAAGAUCUCUCCUUUUGUCUCACACAACUUCAGCAAUCUCUUCAGCCUGGAAAACUGGGGAGGUGCUACUUUUGAUGUUGCCAUGCGCUUCCUUUAUGAAUGCCCUUGGAGACGUCUGCAGGAGUUGAGGGAGCUCAUUCCUAACAUACCUUUCCAGAUGUUACUUAGAGGGGCAAAUGCUGUAGGAUAUACAAACUACCCUGAUAAUGCUGUUUUCAAGUUUUGUGAAGUGGCAAAAGAGAAUGGCAUGGAUAUCUUUAGAGUAUUUGACUCUUUGAAUUACCUACCAAACAUGAUCUUGGGUAUGGAAGCAGCAGGCCAAGCUGGUGGAGUGGUAGAGGCUGCUAUUUCCUACACUGGGGAUGUUGCAGACGCUACUCGCACUAAAUACACACUGGACUACUAUGUGAAUCUGGCUGAAGAACUUGUGAAAGCUGGAACCCACAUUUUAUGCAUUAAGGAUAUGGCGGGACUGUUGAAACCCAAGGCCUCAGAUUUGCUAAUACGAGCUCUCAGGGACAAGUUCCCAGAUAUCCCAAUCCAUAUACAUACUCAUGAUACAGCUGGGGCUGGAGUGGCAUCUAUGCUGGCCUGUGCAGAAGCUGGAGCUGACAUUGUUGAUGUGGCAGUUGAUUCCAUGUCUGGGAUGACUUCUCAGCCUAGUAUGGGAGCUAUGGUGGCUUGUACAAAGGACACAGCACUUGACACAGGAAUCCAGCUAGAAAAAGUGUUUGACUACAGCGAGUACUGGGAGGUCACAAGAGGUCUUUAUGCUGCCUUUGACUGCACAGCAACUAUGAAAUCUGGAAAUGCAGAUGUGUAUGAGAAUGAGAUCCCUGGUGGCCAGUACACCAACCUUCACUUCCAAGCUCACAGUAUGGGGCUAGGCAACAAAUUCAAGGAGGUGAAAAAGGCAUAUGCUGAAGCAAACAAACUUCUUGGAGAUGUCAUUAAGGUAACACCCUCCUCCAAAAUUGUUGGAGACUUGGCACAGUUUAUGGUACAUAAUGGACUCUCGCGUGAACAAGUAGAAACUAUGGCAGAUGAAUUAUCCUUCCCAUUGUCUGUAGUGGAAUACUUGCAGGGCUUUGUUGGAAUUCCUUAUGGUGGCUUUCCAGAACCUUUGCGAUCAAAGGUCUUAAAGGAUUUACCACGUAUUGAGGGAAGACCCGGAGCUUCAUUACCAUCAAUGGACUUUGCCAAGCUAGAAGAAGGUCUGCGAAGCAAGUACGAUGAUAUAACACCAGAAGACAUCAUGUCUGCUGCUAUGUAUCCAAAAGUAUUUGAAGAGUACAAGGACUUCAGCACUCAGUUUGGCCCGGUUGAAUGUCUCAACACCCGCCUCUUCCUAGAUGGGCCCAAGAUAGCAGAGGAGUUUGAGGUUGAAUUAGAAAGAGGAAAAACUUUGCAUAUUAAAGCACUUGCUCUGGGGGAUCUGAACAAAGCGGGCCAAAGGGAGGUGUUUUUUGAGCUCAAUGGUCAGCUCCGAUCUGUACUUGUAAAAGAUACUCAGGCUAUGAAGGAGAUGCAUUUCCAUCCUAAAGCCCUUAAAGAUGUAAAGGGACAGAUUGGGGCUCCAAUGCCAGGGAAGGUGAUUGAUAUCAAGGUAAAAGAGGGGGAAACAAUUGAAAAGGGUCAGCCUUUGUGUGUUCUCAGUGCAAUGAAGAUGGAAACCUUGGUCAACUCUCCAAUCUCUGGAACAGUGAAGAAAAUCUAUAUAAAAGCUGAUAUGCAUCUGGAAGGGGAAGAUCUUCUACUAGAAAUUGAAUAA